AUGGCGCCUUCAAAGUGGGAUGAUGAGGAGGAGAGCGUUUCGCCUCCCCCUGUUGCUCCCCGCCGCAGAUUCGACGACGAGGAAGAGGACGAUGUCCUUGACUCCUGGGAUGCCGCCGAAGACUCGGAGGUAGAGCGCGAGAAGGCCAAGAAGGCCGAGGAGGCUGCGGCUGCGGCCAAGGCUGCUGCCGCCGCCAACAAGAAGACCAAGGCCCAGCGGAUAGAAGAGCACCGCGAGCAGCGCCGUCGUGAUGCUGAUGCGGAGGAUGAUUUCGAGGAGGAGAGUGAGGGUGAGCGCCGUGAGCGCUUGCGCCGGACCGAGAAGGACGCCGACCUGCAGCACGCUUCGGACCUCUUCGCCAGUAUCGAUAUGAACCGCAACCGCGGCGCGCCCAAGGCCGUCGUCAUCACCGACAGUGCGGACCCGACCAACUCCAUCGAUCUGUCCUCGAUGGCGCUCUUCAAGCCCACCACCAAGGACCAGUUCACCCGUCUGUCCGAUACUCUGAUCCCGCUGAUCACGCCGCACUCCAAGAAGCCCCACUACGCCCUCUGGGCCCAGGAGUUCACCCGCCGCCUGGUUAAGGAGCUUCCCAGUACUGAGAUCAAGAAGAUUGCCAGCGCUCUGACCACCGCUAGCAACGAAAAGAUGCGUGAGGAGCGUGCUGCGGACAAGGGCAACAAGAAGACUAAGGCCGCUAAGACUAAGGUUUCUCUCGUUGCCAACCGUGACAACCACAUUGAUAACACUGCUUAUGACGGAGAUGAUGGCCUUGGAGAUGAUGAUUUCAUGUGA